CAAAAACAAAAAAAACAAAGAAAAAAGAAAAGUGUGAAGUACAACAUGUGAGCGGCAGAGGAUUGUGUAACGGCUCAGACUAAAGGAGACACGACGCUGGAGUGUCAUCACAGACAGACCUGAACCACAAUGAAAACCAUCUGAGACUGGAACACACACCACAGAGGGUUCAGCCUGGUGUUUUUACAGGGUGGAGAGAGCAGGGGGCGUGGCCAAGAGCAGGAGGCGUGGGCAGACCAGUAGGCGUGGGCAGACCAGGAGGCGUGGCCAACAUCAACCCAGAGCAGAGAUACUGAAGUGAACUCAGACAGAGAACAGACGAGCAGCAACACCUGUCUGUCUGUUCCACUGUCUGUCUGUGGAUCUGGUCUCAUCUGGACUCAUCUGGACUCAUGUGGUCUUAUGGUCUUGGUCCGUGGUUCUUUUUCUGGGGAUGAACUGAAUCGUUUGUUUUCAUCUGUGCUCUUGGAUCUUCUCAGCGCCGUCGCUUUGUGAGGAAACACAGUUUAAAGGCGAUGAAGCGUCUGAGCAGCCUGAUGUCGAAGAAGUGGAAGGAGGAGAAGGAGCAGUGGGCGGGGAGGAGGAGGAGGAGCGAACCAUACGGAGGAGGACAGGAUGAAGAAGAGGAGGAGGAGGAGGAGGAGGAGGAGGAGGAGGAGGAGGAGAGGCCGCUGGACAGCAGGGACAAACUGAUCCAGAUGCUGAGGAGGAAGUCCGAACCGCCAAUGGUGGACCUCCAGAGGACCGCCGAGGCCGUCAGGAGGCGGGACCUACUGGAGGAGGAGCGCAGGUUGAAGGGGCGGGGCAGGAGGAAGUCUGCGUCGUGGCUCCUGGUGGAGGGCGGGUCCAAAGGUGUGAGUGACCGGAAGCCGAAGGAGGCGGCGGACGCGCGGACCCUGCGCCGGCGCUCCGAACCCUGCGGCGUCCUGCACGUUCAGCUGCUUCCUCUGUCCGACAGGAAGAGGCGGGAACUGCUGCAAAGACGCACCGGACGCAGGAUGUCCUGCAGCGACGAGGCCGACGACAAUGGGACCAAGACCGGGACCAAGACCGGGACCAGGUCUGGACACAUGACCAGAGGACAGUCCGAUCCCACUGGACCACUGGGAAAGACCCACAGCAUUUCGUCUCCUCCUGCUCCUCCUGCUCCUCCUGCUCCUCCUCCUGCUCCUCCUGCUGCUCCUCCUCCUCAUGCCUUCCGGUUGGAGACCUACCUGACGGAGCCUCGGCGUCCAGAGACCAGGAGGCUUCGCUCUUAUUCGUCUCCUCCAGACACCGGACAGAGAUGCUCCUCCUCCACCUGUCUGCCUCUGAUGAUGGCCCCGCCUCUUCCUGUGUCCCCGUCACUUCCUGUCGGCAGCUUGGUGGAGGUCACAGACGACAUGUCGGAGCAGACGGAUCCUGACGAAGCCGCUCCAGAGGAGUCGGAGAGAGACAUCUACAUGAGAUUCAUGAAAUGUCACAAAUGUUACGACAUCAUCCCGACAAGUUCCAAACUGGUGGUGUUCGACACGACGCUACAGGUGAAAAAGGCGUUCUUUGCUUUGGUGGCAAAUGGAGUGAGAGCUGCACCACUGUGGGAGAGCAAGAAGCAAAGCUUUGUGGGGAUGCUGACCAUCACCGACUUCAUCAACAUCCUGACCCGCUACUACAAAUCCCCCAUGGUCCAGAUCUACGAACUGGAGGAACACAAGAUCGAGUCAUGGAGAGAGCUGUACCUGCAGGAGACCUUCAAACCCCUGGUCCACAUCUCACCGGAUGCCAGCAUAUUUGACGCCGUGUAUUCGCUGAUAAAGAAUAAGAUCCAUCGUCUUCCUGUUAUCGACCCGGUCAGCGGCAACGCCCUGUACAUCCUGACGCACAAGAGGAUCCUCAAGUUCCUGCAGCUGUUUGUGUGUGAGAUGCCCAUGCCUGCCUUCAUGAAACAGACUCUGGAGGAACUGGGCGUCGGAACGUACUCGAACAUCGCCUACAUCCACCCGGACACGCCCCUCAUAACGGCUCUGUCCGUCUUCACUCAUCGCCGUGUUUCUGCGCUGCCUGUGGUCGACCACAACGGUAAAGUGGUGGACAUCUACUCCAAGUUUGACGUCAUUAAUCUGGCGGCAGAGAAGACCUACAACAACCUGGACGUGACGGUGACGCAGGCGCUCAGACACAGGUCGCAGUACUUUGAAGGAGUCAUGAAGUGCAACAAACUGGAAACCUUGGAGACCAUCGUGGACCGCAUCGUGAAGGCCGAGGUUCACAGGUUGGUUGUGGUCGACGAGGAGGCUCGGAUCAUCGGCAUCGUGUCGCUGUCUGACAUCCUGCAGGCGCUGGUCCUCACCCCCGCAGGUCUAGGUCGGAAGGAGAGUCUGCCUUCUCAGCCCACAGUUUUGGACUCAGUAGAACCAGAACCUGAAGGUGAUCCUGGUCCGGCUCAGGAACAGGAACCGGACCAGGAACCAGAUGAGGAACUGGUCCCAUUACAGGACCAGAACCAGGUAGAGGGUCCAGAAGCAGACACUGAAGCUGAACCUGGACCAGAAGAGGAAAAGGACCAGCAACCAGACCAAGACCAGGAACAGGACCAGGACCAGGACCAGGACCGGGAGCAGGAAGUGGAGCAGGAGCAGGUAAAGGAGGGAGUAGAACCAGAGACUCCAGGUGAACCGGAACUAGAACCAGAUCCAAGUCCAGAUGUGGACCCAGACCCGGACCCAGACACCUGCCAACAGGGGGCGUUGGAGACCGGAGACGCAGAGGACGGACCGACAGAGACAGAUGGACGACAGGAAGAGGAGGAGCCUGGGGACGCAGAGGAGGGAGGAGUCACCAUAGAAGAGGAGGAGGAGCCUGGGAAAGAGGAGGUGGAGCUCAAAGAUGAGGAGGAGGUGCCAGAGGAGGUGGGUGGAGCCGAGUCCAUCCAAGGCCACGAGUCAGAGGAGGUGAAGGAGGAGGAGCCAGCGGACGGGGCGGAGCCUACAGGCUGAUUCAGGACUGGCCGACUGACUCUGAAGGAGGAGGUGCUGGUGGAUGAUUGACAUGUGCAGGAGCCAAUCAGGAAUCUGUGAUGUUUGUGCUUUUUAUCUCAGAGGAUGAUUUAACAACACUGUAGUUACACUGUAAAAAACAUUUAAUUUAAUAAAAAAAAACUAUAGUUACACUGUAAAAACACAUUUAAUUUAUUUAAAAAA